UUUUCAUUUCCUGAGUUUUGACUAUUGAUUUCUAGUGUCUCAUUACAGUUACUUAAAAAUACACCUCUUACAUGAUAUUGACCUCAUCUAACCAGACAGAUCCGGUACAAGCAGACUAAAACAGUCUCUUACCAUUUUCCCCAUUGAGAUGACCUUACAGAUUAUACAAAACAUUUUCAUCCAUUUGCCGCGAAGGAUUCGCGUCGUUAUGAAUCACUGCCAACAAACAGCCGGAUAGGCUGACAAAUAUAAUUCACAACAAGAGACCGUAAUGAGGCCUCCGCUGUAUAACUCUCAUUUGUAUUCAGAAAUCAUAAAAAAUAUAUUUUAUAUUCUACAAGAAUUAAAUAUACAUGAACGAACGAUUGGGAACAAAAUGCUAUUGCAUUGUUAAUGAAUGAUGGACAGUUCAAUACCAUUACUUGUACAGUAUUAAAACGCUCGUCAUUAAUGUAACUUUUUCUUGUUACAGAUAAUGUUCGCGGUCUACUCUUGGAUGCCUUGAGGCAAUAUGAAUGUCAGAAAGGGUCUGGACGUGAGGCUCAUCGCCUUGUGCACGACUUGCCUCCUGCUGCCCGCCAUCGCCUGCCCCUCGCAGUGCGUGUGCAAGUGGAAGAACGGGAAACGGUAUGUCGAGUGCUCAGAAAAGGACCUCAAAGCCAUACCUAACUCACUUGACCCAGAAACGCAAGUUCUAGACUUCACAGGCAACGACCUACAAGUGCUACAGAAAGAAACCUUUCACAAACUAAAUUUACUCAAUCUUCAGAAAAUCUACUUACAAAGAUGUAGAUUGCAGAAAAUCGAUAACCACGCGUUCAAAGGCCUUGCAAACCUCGUCGAGUUGGACCUCUCGAACAAUUACUUGACAGUCAUACCGUCGACCAACUUUGUUUUCUUCCCGUCGCUAAUGAGGCUCUCGCUCAACAACAAUCCAAUAACGAGCAUAAAAACUCACUGCUUUCAACAUUUAUCGUACUUGAAUACUUUGGAACUGAGCGAUUGCAAAAUAGAAACAAUAGAGAGAGAAGCAUUUUCCGGCCUCAACCACCUAGAGUGGCUGCGACUGAACGGCAACAGACUAUCAAAUAUUCAAGGUGAAAAUUUAUUCCCCGAUACGCUGCGAGGGAUCAACUUGCAAAAUAAUAAUUGGAAUUGCGAUUGCCAUCUCAGGGAUUUACAUAGUUGGUUGUUGAAUUUCAAUAUGCCGCACGCCGUCGAACCAAUUUGCUCUCUACCCGAACGUUUGAGGAAACGGACGAUCACGAGCGUCGCUGAAAACGAGUUGGCGUGCUUACCGAAAAUGAGCCCUACGUCCGUGUUCUUAGAGACAAACGCAGGAAACAAUGUCACACUCGAGUGCCUAGUGAAGGCGAUACCCGAAGCGAAAAUAAGCUGGUUAUACCAGGGUCAGAUCAUUCAUAAUUAUUCAAGCAUGGUUACUGACGCUCGUGACUUGUAUUAUGUGGAAAAUGGUGUAACCGAUAAAAAGAGCGAAUUGUACAUAUUCAAUAUAGGAAAUGAUGACAAUGGCACGUACUCGUGCAUUGCCGAGAACCCCGCGGGCAGGUCGCGAGCCAACUACACAAUAAGAAUACUAGUGAAAGAGGAGCCCGUCGUUAUAGUGGUCACGUUCCCGCAGAGGCACUUGGUAGUCAUAGUUACCGUAGUUUUUCUUAUUAUCGUCUUACUCAUAGCUAUAAUAGCCGUAGUAUUAUUAAAAUUUAAAACUGACACAAGAAGUCGUAAGAAGAAGGAAAGUGGCAAAGACGUGGCCUUGUGUAACCAAAUCCUGCCCUCGAACCGAGGUAAUGGAAUGCCUAAAAAUAACGGCAGCGUUAUUGUGAACGCACAUUCUCAUCACGCAUUGCACUACACGGUACAAACAAACCGUGAUUACGAGUCGAGCGACGUGUAUCAAAGCAAUAACAUGAAAGGCUUUGUCGACAGAAACCCCGACCUAAUUAGCGACGCGGAAACUGUAGCUAACAAUGCGCAAAACGAGAACACAGUGUUAUCAGUAUAUAAAGCUCAAACCGCAAGUGGCGACGGUUUCCAAGAGGAAACCGCGUUCACCGCGCCUACGAUCCCCAGGCAGGUCACGUGGCAGGAUCAGCAGACGAUGAACAUGCCCCAGAACACAAUCAACAACAUGUACCAGCACUCGGCGGAUGUACACCUGAAUCCGGGAUGCUUCCUUGAUAACGAGGGCUACCCUUACGACUACGGCCUUCCCAAACAUCCCUGCCGGCCGCCGAUAAUGUCCAACUAUUCGGUAGUCGGACCAUUUUAUCAAACCCUGCCGCACAAUCGGCCGAAGGGUCAAAAGCUUGUUUGUAAAUUUGCAAAAGAUACAGAGUUUAACGCGACGCCACCCACUUGUCCUACUUUUGAGACGCCGUUCGGUCCGGGAAACGUACGACGUACUUUAGAAGGCUACCCCGUUCCAAGGAACAGGCAGAUCGCGUUUGUAGGAAAUGGUACGGUGUAUUAUAAUGAGGAGUUCGUGCCAUCGCCGCCUGAAGGUUACAAGACCGAGCCGGUGCAGUGUUGUGCGCCCACCGAGGCGUGUACCUCGUGGGUGAACCCGAAGGGCACGUGUGCAGUGAUGGUGCCGCUGAGUGUGGCCGAGGGCCCGGGCCGGUGCUACCAGGUGGAGACCCGGUGUGUCGACACUCAGACGACGGACGCGCGGCUGCCCGGCGAGGGCACCGAGAGUGUGCUCAAACCUUUACCGCAAGUGUCUAACGCGAAGUGUGCCGCUGACAUAUGUUCGGAAAGCCCUGAUGAGGGUUAUGUCGGUGACGCUAACGAUAUCUGACGACGUCGCCAGACCGAUAGCGCUUAAACAGGGCAAUUUAGACGCUAACAAAGUGAUAAAGCGACUGAGUAUAAAGUAGUUUUGUAAUUUCACGUGAUCGCGACGACGGCGAAUGCAGGCGGGAGUUCCAUUACUUAGUGAACGAUCCUGUUCGAUCCCUGUUUUGCAAUUUUGUAUAUUUUAUAUUGUAAGCCCGUUUGCGGCCGCCUCUAUUCGACGCCGGCGUUGAUAUAGUUAACCAAAUAUCAUUACCAAAUUUUUUCUAGUCGAAUUUCGUAGAUUGACAGUGUUUUCCAAUGAUGUCGGCAUAAAUAUAAUUUGUUGACCUAGUUUGAUAAUUAAUUUAUCUACGUUUGACUUUCCAGAGGACAUUUAUUGGGAAACAUUGUUAUUUCAAUUGAAGA